GAAACGUGGGGAGAGUUCUGUUGUGUCCUGGCUACCUUGUUAGACCCAAUGGGGCCUAACGAAAAAGCGAUGGGAUCCGUCAACGCACGCGCUUCACAAUGCGUAGUACAGCUAAAUGCUCUACAGCCGCAUCUUCUUCAGGAUGAAUCACCACGUGAAACAGGAACGAACUACGAGAACAAUCAC